GCGUUGGCUGCAGUGUGGCGGCCAACAUGGCAGCUUCCUUGCCGUAAUCGUCGAGGAUGAUCGGCUGCGCGUUGAGGUGCCCGUCAAACCCCGAUUAAAUGUCGCAACUGAGCACCGCUUAUCGCUGCUGCACCCGCCGGCAUGGCUGCCAAGACGCAGGUGUACCUGCUCAACUUCUUCGUCUACAACCCCACGUACAGCAAGCGGGAAGACGAGGAGCACAAGAAGAUAAUUUAUUACUACCCUGAAGAUGCAGAACAAGAUGUGAAACUGCGUAAUGUUGGCCUCUGUGAGGCACUCGUGAAUUUUACACAAACCUUUUCUCCUUCUAAACACUGUGAAGUUCUGCACACCCAGAAGACUCGGCAGUUCUUCUUGCAGCCUGAAGAAAACUUCUGGAUGGUCAUGACGAUAGGCCUGCCAACGCAGCAGAAAACACGCAAUAACCAGUUAUACGUAGAACAUCUUUCUGACGACAUCCAGGACCACGUGUACCAGGCGAUCCUUGAGGGUGUUUACAAGAUGUUCCAGAUGUUUGGAGGCUCACUUUCGGAGGUGCUCGCUGAUCCAUCGAAAAAGGGCAAGCUGAAAGACUUUCUCGACUGGCAAAUUCCCCGGCUGCGUGUCCAGCACGCCGACCUUCUGGACGUGUUCCAAGGAGUGCAGUUCUUGCCACUGGACAAGCACGCGUUCCUCCGAGUCCAGUGCUUCGUCAACCGCCUGGAGGGACGCUUUGGGGAGAUCCGGUCUUCCGUCUUUCUCUGUAACGACCUGCUUGUCUGGAGUGGCCUGGAGCAAGGGGACAUGCAGGUGCUGUACCAGUACCUGGUGCACGACGUGCUACAGAGCACCGUCGAGAGCGAGCUUCUUCCGGGGUGCACUUUCGCACCGAGACCAGCUACGGGUGCCACCCAGUGUAGGUUUCUGUACGGUCCGGUUGACGAGGAAGAGACCCUGUCACGGACGCAGCGGAUCUACGUGUCCGACUCGUUAGGUCAGCGAGAGCAGUGCCAUCUGUUGAUCUUCAGGGCGUACAGCUCUACCAUCUGCCUCCUGGUCAACGUAAGACACGCGCUGACGGUGGCAUUCCUCAAGAGCCUGGAGGCUUACCUCUCCACAGAGUUCGUGGCCCUUGCCAACGAGAUCGGCAAGCAGGGCACCAAGCUGUCCAGCCUUUCCCCGCUGGACGGCCAGAGCAAAUACAUCUACUUCAACCGCAUGAACCUUGCUCAAAAGUCAACGGUGCACUCGGAGAGAAGAACGGGCAUCGUGGUGCCUCCGGAACUGGUUCGCUUCUUGGCGGACAUAAACGAGGAUUUGAAACACACCUGCUGUACCUGCAAGUUCCAUCGAUGCAGGGUUGAAGAUGCUGGCGAGAUGACGGCCAAGACAACCAGCGAGUGGUGGGUGGUUGGGAAAGUGUCUGAUCAGCGGGAGUUCUACGUCGUGCUCAACCAGAAGAGCGCCAACAUCAUCCAGAUACAUGAUGAAGUCAAGAGGCUAUGUGCCAGCCAGUUUCAGAACAUUUUUUUUCUCGACUGACUGCGGCCUCCACUCUAUCCUUGUACAUAAUAAAUAUGUUGCCCAGAAUCUUC